GAUAAACUUUUUGUGUGCAAAUGAAUUUGAACAGCUUUAUGAAUGGUUUUCUACUCAAGUGCUUUUUCUUUUUAAUUUUUGUCUGCCGGUGUGCGCUCACGCGCGUCUCACUGUUCCCAAAACAACACUGCGCGUCGUUUUUGGGCGCGGGUAUAGCAAUUAGGGGGUAUUUCCACCACCACCCCGGCUCCGUUCCUUUCUAUUCCUCUCCUAGUCUCCUCGCCCACAGGCCACCACCACAGGCCCCCUUUUCCGCCACACCUUCCACCAAUCGCUGGACUUUGACCUUCCUCCAAUCCAUGAACUUUGACCUUCCUCUAGAGGCGGCAGAAAAGGGCGAUACAUCGGACUCCUCAAAUGUAGAAUUUCCCAAACUUUUACAACGACCUUUAGGGUUUCUCUAACAUCACUCCCACGACAUACGUUCCUGCAAAUCUGCAAUCCUGCUGUGUCUAAACAUACCAAAAGCGGGAACAUUGUUUGUAUAAUGUAAAACAUGUGCAACACCAGUUCCUUUUAACUAGUGUUUCGGAAAUGGCUGUAGAAGCGAGUGAUAGACCAAAACUCUUUGCUGGGAGUGUGUAAUAAGCCUGAAACACACUCGGGCAUCUGAGGGUUGCCUCCCUUCUUGGAGUUGAAUUGUAAAUGGCGGAGGAAUUGAAAGUAGUGGAAUUCAUAAGGGAGCAAGUUCCGGAUUGGGAUGAUGAUGUCAAGGCUACUGCUCGAUUUAAGGCUUUCAGCGGUCAAAGGUCUGACUGGGAGUCUCAAUUUUUUUUUUGGAGAGACUUAAUUAUAAAGAUUGCUCGUGAAUUCGACCUUCUUUUUCUCUCCCCCUCUCAGAUGAAAAAUUGCUGGUUUAAUAGGGGAGGGUUGUCGCCUUUAUGCCUCAAUGAUAGUCUGCUAGAAAUGUACAAAGCUGGUAAUGUUUUGCGGGUGACUGAUUUUGGAGAUCCAACAAGUGGACGGCUGUCUCAGCUUCUGAAAAAGUUAAUUCAUUUCUCCAUUGUCUUUAGACCAUCAACUUCAAAUGAUAUUCUCAAUGAUCGUCUCAUUCUUCGAGUGAUGCUGGAGGAAAAAUCCGCCGAUGUCAUAAAAGCAUUAUCAGAAACACACUGGACAUCUUCCUGUAUCAUAACAAUGAGGAAGUUUGAAAGUUUGUUUAGAGAACACAACGAAGCAUAUGCAGUGUUGUGUUACUUGUCAGGAUAUGGGAAAGCAAGAUAUAUAUCAGUCAAAAGAAAAGAAGAGCUGAUAGAGGGUGUCAAAGUGUCUCUCUCUUCUGCUGCUGCGCCUAUUCUUCCAAGUACAGAUUCGGCUAUUUUGCAACUGGUUUGGACUCUAGAAGAGCUUCAGAAACAACUUCUUGUCAUUGACGAGCAAUAUAAAAGAUUGAGAAUAUCUGCUUUAGCUGCAUUGAAAUCUGGAGACAAGAAAUUGGCUCUACGGAAUGCAAGGCAAUUGAAGUUGGCUUCUGAGAGUAGAGAAAAGCUCACAUCACUCUUCAAUCGAGUGGAGGAAGUACUCCGUGCUAUUACAGACGCCGAAUCUGCAAAGAAGGUAUCUGAAGCUAUCCAACUUGGUGCUUUGGCUCUCAAGGAAAAUAGAACGGAUGUUGAAAAGGUUCAAAUGUGUCUGCAAGAACUUGAUGAGUUUAGGGAUUCACAAGAAAUCAUCCACAAUGCCCUAGAAUCAACAUCAUAUACAGCUAUGGAGGAUGAAGAUAUUGAAGAGGAACUAAAGAGGCUUGACUCGCAAAUCAGAGAUGAAAACCUCAUGGUUUCGGCACUUAAAUCCAAGGAUGAUGCAAUAAGAAAUGCAGGGGCUUCAGUCACUCCAGAUUCUUUGUGUGCUGCCAUUGUAGAUCUUAAGCUCGAAAGCGAGACUCAAGAAACUACUCAGGGUCCAGGAAACCGCACAAGUCUUGAGCUUGAAGCUGCAUAGCCAAGGAAAUUUUCCAUCUGAAGCUCCGAUUCAACACCAAAUCCACAAAGGUUGUACUAUAAGUGUGAUUCUUGCAACAGUCUGAGAUGGUGCAAGCUAGGGAGUAGUUGAGCAAGGAAACAUGGGGAAACAACACGAAGGACAAUACGGGGGAAGCUUAGAUGAAGGAGAAAGUAUUGAAAACAGGGGAAACAGUAAGAUGCAAUAAGAAUUGAAGCAACUGAAGAAGAAGCUAAAACAACAACAAAAAGUAGUCAAAGUUGUAAUACAAGUGGGGAUAUUGAUGCAAUAAGAAUUGAAGCAACCGGAGAAUAAGCUAAAACAACAACAAAAAGUAGUCAAAGUUGUAAUACAAGUGGGUAUAUUGAUGUUUUGUAAUAAUUUUACUGUUUUUCGU